AUGAGAUUCCAGAACGUCCUCGCUCGGGCCACGACCCUCGCCCUCGCGGGCCUCGCCGCCGCAGAGAAGCGCCAGACCCCUCCCAACGGCGCCAUUGUCGUGGCACUCUCUGGCGGUGACUUCACCACGCUCCAAGACGCCGUGGACUCGAUCAAGUCGUCCACGACGCCGUCGACCAUCUUCAUCAAGCCCGGCACCUACACGGGGCAGACGAAAAUACCGAAGCUCGCGGCGGCGCUGACGAUCCAGGGCUCGACGCCCGACCACCUCAACUACGCCCGGAACACGGUGGUCCUGACCAACGCGCUCUCGGCCGUCCAGGCCGGCAGCAACGACCUAUCGGCGACGCUGAGCGCCAAGGCGCACGACCUGCGCGUCUACAACGUCAAGAUCGACAACACGUUCCCCGUCGGCAAGCCGGGCAGCCAGUCGCAGGCGCUGGCGCUGUCGGCCAACGGCGAGCGGCAGGGCUACUACGGCGUGCAGCUGACGAGCUACCAAGACACGCUGUACGUCAACAAGCCGGGCCUCGUCUUCAAGGACAGUUACAUCGAGGGCGCCAUCGACUUCAUAUUUGGCAACAAAGGCAACGUCUGGAUCGAGGACUGCGACAUUGCCGUCGCCGGCAAGGGCUGGGUCACGGCCAGCGGGCGGUCCACGGCCGACAGCAACUGGUACGUCCUCAACAAGGCCAACAUUACGGCCAAGAGCGGCGCCAACGUCGCCCCCGGCGCCAGCCUGCUCGGGCGCCCGUGGAAACAGUACGCGCGCGUUGUCGUGCAGAACUCGGCCCUCGGCAGCGUUAUCGGCCCUGCCGGCUGGUCCACCUGGGGGAGCGACCCCGUCACCAAUGUCUUUUUCGCCGAGUCCGGUAACACGGGCGACGGCGCCAGGGGCCCGAGAGUCACCUGGGCCAAGACGCUGGGCACGCCAAAGAAGAUUGAGGACAUCAUGCCGGACUGGAAGUCGUGGGUUGACCAGGACUACUGGAAUGCUUGA